AUGGCUUCCGUGACGUCCUUGGACGGCGACUUGCGCAGAUUGCGCCUCGAGAAAUACACUCCAGCCGCCGCUGACGAAGCCCGCGCAUGGAUCGAAGAGACGCUGGGAGAAUCGCUGCCGUCAAAGGAUCUCCUCGACGGCCUCAAAGAUGGUGUCGCCCUCUGCAAGCUCAUCAAUCUCGCUGUUCCGGCUCCUGGAAUCAAGUUCAAGAAGUCGGCCAUGCCCUUUGUCCAGAUGGAAAACAUAUCCCACUUCCUCAGGGCAUGCCAGGCCCCGCCCCUGAACCUGCACCAGCACGACACCUUUCUCACGGUCGACCUGUUUGAGCGCAAGGACCCGGCCCAGGUGCUGCAAUGCAUUGGCGCAUUCAGCAGAGCCGCACACGCUGCCAACCCGGCGAAUUUCCCCCAUGUGAUUGGCCCUAAAUCUGCGAAGCCUGGAGCUGUAACGCCUCAAGGCACCGGAGCUGGAGCUACAACCUCGCGCGGCCGGGGCGCAUCCUUUACUGGAGACUCUGCAGCAGCCAAGGUGAGCCCUGCAAAGAGCACUGGGAAGGGCCCUGGUUCCCCAAAGUCCGUUAGCACCUGGAGCAAGAAGGAACACGAGGGCUCAACCGCCCCGGCUUGGAAUAUUGCGCAGUACGGCUACAUGGGCGGCGCCAGUCAGGGCAGCAUGGGGGUCGCUUUCGGAGCCCGCAGGCAAAUCACUUCCGCUGCGCCUCAGGUGCCGAGCCUGGCUGAAAAGGAGCGCAUCAGGAAGGACAAGAUUGCGGAAGAAGAGCGUCAGAGGCAAGAGGCCCAGGCCCGGCGCCAAGCCCAGCUCGAGGACGAAAACCGCGCUCGUGCUGAGGAGGAGAAGCGGUGGCAGGAAGAGACAGAGCGCCAGAGAGAGGAGGAACGUCAAAGAGUCCAAAGAGAGAAGAAGGAGUGGGAAGAGCAAGAGCGACAAUGGAAGCUGACCGAGGACAAGCGCCGCAAGGAAGAAGCCCAAGCCGAAGCUCGCAUCGAAGAAGAACGCCGCGCUGUCAGGAGCCCUGCCAAACUACACGGGCAGUUCCUCAGCCAGUAUCAAGCCGAGCAGGCCAACGCUGAAAAGGCCGAGGGCCACGGGGCAGUCAAGAGAGAGCAGCUUCACGAGGCACAGCAGCGCGAGGUCGAAUACGAGCGUGACCGACAAGAGCGGGCCGCUGACGGCAGAGCACCUACUUCACCUAAUCAACUAAGGCCUAUAUCCAGGGGUCGGCCAGACGAGUCGCGCAGUCCUAGAGGAGGCAAUGCCUCGCAGCUGAACCGCCACGAGUCUUAUUCCCAAGGAGAGCGCGAGGUCCUCCAGACGAAGUGGAAGCAGCAUCAAGACUUGUUGAAGGAAGACGAGAGAGAAGGUCUAGCCUCGUCGCCCCUGCCCAGGUCUCCCCGCCCUCUCCCCAAUCCCAAUAACGCUGCCGUACCAGCAGUAGGAGGACGUCCCUUGCCUGAUCCCGCCAAAUACUCGUCGCCUCCAAGAGAAGCACCCCAGAAUCGCACAGACCGCUUCCUGGCAACCAACUCGGCCCCCGCGCCGUCGGUAGCCCAGCAGACAUAUGCCCGAGAACUCGGCGCAACCGAGGAACGCGAUGCCGAAGACCGGCGCCGCAUCCAGGGCCAAGACAAGACCAAGGCGGCCGGCUGGGCGUCCAAGUCCCUACUCGAGCGCGAAAAGGAGAUGGAGAGGCAGCGCCAGAAGGAGUGGGAAGACGCCCAGAAGGAAACCGCCGCCAUGACCCGGGGCGAGAACGGCGUCGACGGCAUCGGGGGAGGCAUCGACGGCCGGUGGGAUGUCGGCCAAUGGAGCGGCUAUACCGGCGGAGACGGCCAGAACAAAGGGUCGCAGGGCAUUGGCGCCGGGCGGAGGCAGAUUGUAGGACCGCGACCUCCACCA